AUGUCGGCAACGUCGCAAAGCGCACGGCAGUUCCCCACCUCGCAGCCCAGCCGCAACUCUGAGAUCAGCGUCGAAUAUUACCGCGCGAGCCGAGCGUCCAUCCAAAACUACUCCGAGCUCAUUGCUGCCUCCGACCUCCACGCUGCUGUCGGCAACCACCACGACUCCUUCACGCCCUCCAGACAGGCGCCCGCACCGCCCUCUGCUGCGAAGAGUCCCGUCACCGGCCCUCCUCGCGUCCGCAACUCUUUUCAGAAACCCGUCCGCAAACACUCUCUGCCAGCGCCGUCGGUCUCCAAGACAAUCGGUCGCGACCCAUUCGCUCCCAACCGUUCCAACAUCGGUGAUACCGUGCUCAUGGCAGGCAUUUCUCCCCCUCCUCGCCCAUCGCGGGCCAACACCGCCAAUCUGAACGACCUCUUCCCUACCCAGCGCACCCUUGCCAGCCAUCGCCUUUCCGAUCCCAUCAGUCUCCCUCCAGACACCAUCUUCUAUAUCGACGACCAGCAGCAGACGCCGCAGCACAUCCAGUCACAGCCGCUGCUCACGCAGGAGCCAUUGGAUAUGGGCGGUGUGCAGGAGCAGCUCUCGUAUUCGACUUCCACACUUGUUCCCAGCACGCCCCAGAACGGGGGCACGGUACGUAGCCGGAGCGGGACGACGUCGGGCAAAUCGAAGAAGGGCAUGUUCAACUUCAUGUCCGAUUUUCUCAACAGCUCAAAGCGACCAGAGAUCAGCACACCGUAUGACCCAGUACACCUCACCCAUGUUGGCUUCAACUCGUCCACGGGCGAGUUCACGGGUCUGCCCAAGGAAUGGCAGCAGCUCCUCCAGGAGAGCGGUAUCUCCAAGCUCGAGCAGGAGAAGAACCCCCAGGCGGUCAUGGAGAUCGUUAAGUUCUACCAGGAGGGCCGCGGUGACACGUCCGUCUGGGACAAGAUGGGCGCUGUAUCUGCUCCUCCGCCUGUGCCACCAGCUUCGACGAAAGGGUACAGCGAUGACGGCUUUGACCGUCCACGUGUUGCACCUCCCCCGCCAAAGAAGUCAUCAUCUGCCCCGACGCCAUCCACGCCUAGUCCUCACCGCGCUGCUCCCUCCCCUCCUACGCCGCUCACACCGGCGCUCGACCGGUCGACCUCCACGCGGCUCCCUCCUUCCAAACCCCACAAGACCAAUGAGAGUCUCGCGCGCGCCAACACCACGCGUGCCUCGCGCUCUCCCGCUUCGAGCCAACAGACGCCACCACCGCCUGUGGCCCUUCCACCUAAGGCCGCCAAGUCUUCGUCCGGCACGUCCGGCACAGACCUGCAUGCUUCGCCGUCGAUGCGGGAGCGAGGCGAUGGACGCUCUCCCACCCAGCAGCAGCAGAGUCCGGCCGCGCAGAGCCUGCAGAAGGUGGCGGCGGCGACACCGCGGCGGAGGGAGAAGAAGGAAAAGGACAAGGACAAAGAGGCGGACAUUGUCAAGCGGCUGCAGGCAAUAUGCACAGAUGCGGACCCCACACGUCUGUACCGUAGUCUGGUGAAGAUCGGUGCAGGCGCAUCCGGCGGUGUGUAUACUGCAUAUCAGGUCGGGACGAACGUGUCCGUCGCGAUCAAGCAGAUGGACCUGGACAAGCAGCCAAAGAAGGAUCUUAUCAUCAACGAGAUUCUUGUCAUGCGGGCAUCGCGACACCCGAACAUUGUGAACUACAUCGACUCGUUCUUGCAUAAGAACGAGCUGUGGGUCGUAAUGGAGUACAUGGAGGGUGGCUCGUUGACGGACGUCGUUACCGCAAACUUGAUGUCCGAGGGCCAGAUUGCGGCCGUCUCACGCGAGACGGCGCAGGGACUUGAGCAUCUCCAUCGACAUGGUGUCAUCCACCGGGAUAUCAAGAGCGAUAACGUGUUGCUCAGUAUGAACGGGGACAUCAAGCUGACUGACUUCGGGUUCUGCGCUCAAAUCUCGGAUGCAAACUCGAAGCGGACAACCAUGGUCGGUACGCCAUAUUGGAUGGCCCCGGAGGUUGUCACUCGCAAGGAGUAUGGCCCGAAGGUUGACAUCUGGAGUUUGGGGAUCAUGGCGAUCGAAAUGAUUGAGGGAGAACCUCCAUACUUGAACCAAAAUCCUCUAAAGGCUUUGUAUCUGAUUGCGACGAAUGGGACGCCGACAAUUGCGAACCCGGAAGCACUGUCGUCUGUGUUCCGCGACUACCUCGCUAAGACAUUGGAGGUUGAUGCCGAGAAGCGACCCACGGCCUCCGAGAUUCUACAACAUCCAUUCUUCAAGCUAUCUGAGCCUUUGCGGACAUUGGCGCCGCUCAUCAAAGCUGCUCGGGAAAUCGCAAAGUCUAAGUAGAGAACACAAACCUCUUUGCGUUCUGUUGUCAUUUCCUCCUCAUCACCAUGUUAUGUCGUGCAUCGAUCUACGCUCAAUUCUCCGGAUCUCUCUCAGUCGUUGUCCUUUGGUAACACAGAAACUCAUAUGUUGUUCUACGUACGAGAGUCGUAGGCCGUUUAGCAGCAAUACGCUCUGACGGCGUACGGUACGUCGGUGUCCAGGG